CUUGUGAUCUGCCCCCCUCAGCCUCCCAAAGUGCUGGGAUUACAGGUGUGAGUCACCGUGCCUGGACAGGAAUCUUAUCUUAACCCCAGGCACUGACAGUGAAGGAAAGUUUCCCCAAACAGAAGCUGAAUGCCGUUAUCAGAAUUCUGGAAAGCAGCGCUGGGCUGUCAGCGGCCAUGGAUGUCCCUUGGAUUCCCUUGCAGGACAAAGUCACGUCCUUCUCUUCCCUUCAGCACUCUGUCCCUCUGACUACAACUUCUAUCCUUUAUGUGGUGGGGAGAGCUCAGCUUUGAACACCUACUGAGCACCAGGUAUUUUUACCCACAAUUUACCCCACUGGAUUCUUGCUAUGAAGCCACAAGGGACAAACCUGGGUUUGUAACUCCUCCAUUGCAAGAGGAAACUGAGGCCCAGAGAGAAGUGAUUUCCCCAAGGCUGGCCAAUGGCAGAGCUGGAGUCACUCCCAGAUGCUGAUGUUACUCACAACUGUAUCUGUGUCCCCAUCUGACGCCGCCACCAUGGGGGAGCUCCCUCUUGUCUGUGCUGCUCCUCUUCCCACCCUGCCUAGCACAGGGCCCCACACACAGCAGCACCCAGGAAAUAAGCAUUGGAUUGACCUGACUCCAAGCAGGUAGGGUGGAGGAUGGGGGAUGGAAAAUAAGGGACAGAGGAAGGAGCUGAGAGGCCCCAGGGGCAUCUGACCUUUAAUAAAGUUCCCCUCUGUCCCUAUUCUCACACUGGCUCCUCCCCAUCUCAGCUUAACCCUCCUCAACUCCUCAGAGAGGCCCUCCCGCCCAUCCCUGCCCCCACCCCACUCAUGUUUGUCUCAGCCCCUGGUCCCUGCCUUCAUAGCACCUUUUACUAUUGGUCAUCAUCAUGUUAAUUUGCCUUAUGGUUUGGUCUACCCAAUCUCCUUGUAAGGUCUGUGGGGACAAGGACUGAUCAUGUCUGACUUGAUCCCACUGGCUCCUUGACUCAUGCAUUGCACACUGCAGGUGCUCGACCAGUGUCUGCAAAGUCAAAGCUCUCCACUGUGGAUGGCAGGUGCCACCCCUGUCCUGACAAGCAGACUUUCCCUCAAACGUCUCACCCACCCCUUCCCUGCCACCCAGGGCCUCUGCUGCCGCCAUCCUAAGGGAAGAUUGAGCCCCUUGCCUGCUGGGGCUCAAUCUGAGCGGGGAGAAAGCUGGUGUGAGCCUGGCAGCGACAGCGGAGGGCGGCAGGGCUUCCGAGCUGGCAGACAAAGGGCGUCUGUUCUUGUCCAGUGCACUUCCUGGGUUUCCAUUGCAGGAAGUUUGGCACCUGCUGAUAGGUGACAUCGACACCCGGGCUGCUGCAGGCCAGGAUGCACCCCUCCAUCCGGGAGUGGUGUGGCGGUGGAACAGACGGCCAAAGGUGCUGGAGGCAGUGGAGCUGGCUUGAACCUCCUGGACUUCGGCCUUUCCAGGAGAAUCAGAUCCCAGCCACACCAGGAGCUGAAGCCAUGGCCUCAAAGCCUGAGAAGAGGGUGGCAUCGUCUGUCUUUAUCACCCUGGCACCCCCGCGCCGUGAUGUGGCUGUGGCGGAGGAAGUGAGGCAGGCGGUUUGUGAGGCCCGGCAUGGCCGCCCCUGGGAGGCUCCUGCCCCGAUGAAGGCACCCGGGGCUGGCUUGGCGGGGAGGCCCAGUCCCUGGACACCCGCUGGCAAGGCUGCAGCCACAGUGCCAGCUGCACCUCUGCAGCUCUCCAAUGGAGUUGUAGGAUGCCCACCCCCUCCUCCUGUCCCGGAUGGCAAGGAUGCACUUCCCGAUCUGGACCUCCUCCCGCCCCCUCCACCGCCCCCUCCAGCACUCCUGCCUUCUGAAGAGGAGGCUCCUGCUCCAAUGGGCGCCUCACUCACUGCAGACUCAGAGCAGCUGCACCUGCCCCUGCCCCCACCCCCACCACAGGCCCUGGCAGAGGUAUCUUCAGUCCAGCCUGGGCCCGGUCCCCUCAGGCCCGUGGAGGAAGAGCUGCCACCUCCUCCAGCAGAGCCUGUUGAGAGAGAGGCGUCCACAGACGUCUGUGCCUUCUGCCACAAGACCGUGUCCCCCCGAGAGCUGGCUGUGGAGGCCAUGAAGAAGCAGUACCAUGCCCAGUGCUUCAUGUGCCGCACCUGCCGCCGCCAGCUGGCUGGGCAGAGAUUCUACCAGAAGGAUGGGAGACCCCUCUGCGAACCCUGCUACCAGCUGCAGUCUCCUUGGCUCCUUCCUCCACCUUCAAAGCCAGCAGUGUAACAUCCCACUUCGGCGGCCGUGUGGCCACUGCUUUGUCAAAUUAGAGGGACACUAUGAUGGUAUUUAGGACCCACCUGGAUAAUCAGGAUAAUCUCCCCAUCUUAAGAGCCUAACUUAUGGAUCAUCUGAAAGCCUCUUUUGCUGGGCAAGGUAACAUUCACAGGGUCCAGGGGUAAGGACCUGGAUAUCUCUGGGGACAUCUCUUAGCUACCACACGAGGUAACAUGAAGUGGCCAAGGAGCUGGGAUUUUGCUCCUGUCUGGCUCUGGAGCCUGCCAUCAGUCUUGUCACUGUCUCCCCUGGAGCCAUAAGGUUCCAAUGCUGAUGUCACCGGAAUCUGUGUCGUGUCUGGGUACCACUUGCGAUCUGGGAGAGCUGGUUGGGAUGCCAGCACAUUGGAAUUUCUAACUCUUGGAUGGUUUGUGGUGGCAUGUUGAGUGUGGUGACCACCCAUAGCCGGAUCCUCUGGGUGUGUGUAGGUCACUCCUUGUUCUUAGGAAUGAGGAACACCUGGAAAUCUGCAUUUUGAACAAGUGUCUCAAGUGAUUCUCAUGCAUAUGGAAGUUUGAAAAUGCUGAUUUGGCCAGAUGCGGUGACUCACGCCUGUAAUCCU